GGCAUGUUCCAGUUCUGGAGCAAUGAGGGAUUUGGGGCUUCCCAUGCCUUGCCCUUCGGCCCCCCCAAAGCCCAGUACCCCCUCCCCAGCAUGAGCUCCCAUGACCUACCCCUCACCCCCCCCGCAGAAUCCGUCUACACCUUCGAGCUGUCUUCUGUGAAGAUCCUGGCUUCUUCCGUGCCCGGGAACAACCCUUACUCUUACCCGGAAUCCAAUGGCAUCUCCCAGAACUUCCCGAGUUUCCUCCCAAGUUCCUCGUCCUCCUCUCUGCCGUCCAGGCACAUGACGCCAGUCGAGGACAUUCCCUGGUGGAGCAUGCAGCCGAUCAACUCUGCGGCCAAUUCUCACCACCUCCAGUUCGGGAGGUCCAUGGUCCUGGGUCAUCAGAGCCAACUGCCCAACGCUCUUCUCCAAACUUCUUCGAAAGGUCUCCUGAGCUGCUCUAGAAGGUGUCGGAGAUGCAGGUGCCCCAACUGCCAGGCUCCCAGCACCGGGGAGCUGCCGGGUAAGAAGAAACAGCAUGUGUGCCAUGUCCCGGGCUGUGGCAAGGUCUACGGCAAGACGUCCCACCUGAAGGCCCACCUGAGAUGGCACGCCGGCGAGAGGCCAUUCGUGUGCGGUUGGCUCUUCUGCGGGAAGAGUUUCACGAGGUCGGACGAGCUGCAGAGACAUCUGAGGACACACACUGGGGAGAAACGUUUCUGCUGCCCGCAGUGUGCCAAGAGGUUCAUGAGGAGCGACCAUCUCGCCAAACAUGUCAAAACCCACCAGAACAAGAAAGCCCGGCAGCGAGAGGAGUCUCCGGAUAAUGUCAAGAAGGAAUAGGGAGAGAGGGAUAGAGAAGAGAGAGAGGAGAAGGAGAGAAAGAGAG